AUGAAAUUUCGCUCACCUAGAUAUUAUCAGAUUAUCAAUUUCGGAUUAUCAAUAACGAUCAUGAUUGGAUCCAAGUACGGAAUUGGGAAACAUGCACUUGCCAUAAAGGAAAGUGACACUGUACCAAUGCUUAAGUGCAUUUGGGUCACGCGCAUACUUUACACGCUUGCUAUGGGGCUGGUCAAGAUGUCCUUGUUGUGGUUCUAUCUACGCCUUGAUCCGCGGAAGUUCAUGCGAUGGUCUGUCUUCUCUGUCAUGUUUAUUAACGUUGGAUUGUCCCUUGCGAGCUUCUUCGGCGCAUUGGUCGGUUGUACACCUCCGUCUUUGUUUUGGACCAAUCCAACAUCGAGCCGAUGUAUGGCGAUGGAAACGUCCCAACGGUUCUAUGAAAUCAACGGAAUAUUGAACAUAGUGACGGAUAUCUUGAUUUAUCUUCUGCCAGUGCCAAUGCUUUGGGGACUGCAGUUGAAUUGGCGCAAGAAGGGAGCCAUCAUGGGAGUAUUUGGACUGGGUAUCCUGUCCGUUGCUGCUGGCUGUAUUCGUUAUGACUUUGUCAAACAGCUUGCUUCCGCGAAAGAGGAUUAUUACCUCCUUUUAGCUGACUCUCUCAACUGGUGCACUAUUGAGGCCUUCAUUGCAAUCUUCUGCGGCUCUGCCCCUUCUCUCUCCGUGUUGAUCAAAUCUUACGCCCCGUUCAUUUUCGGCUCCAGUGCUUCCAAAUACCCGAGUACCGCACCGUCACCUGGGGCAAGUUACAUGCAUCGACGGAACAAUUUAAGAAGCAAUCGACGUCGGGGACUCGGCGAUACCACACUGGGUAGUCAGGAUGCCAUCAUCAGUGUCAGUAAUUCAGAACAGGAACCGAAUGGGAUCAUGAUGAAAACAGACAUACAGACCGAUGUGGCAUCACGAAAAUCAGGAGAAGAUAUGACUUACAAGAAGGAGUAUUAUAACUUUUCAAGAAGGCCAUAA